AUGGCUUUUUCUUAUGUGCAUAGUUUCGAACGGUAUGAAACACAGUUAAAUUUCUUUGCAUAUUUAACAUAUUUUCUAGAUAUUAGUAAAAAGAAUGCAGGUAAUAGGAGCAAGCAAAAGUUUAUGCAUCGUGUAGAACCAACAAAUUUUGCUAGAAUUCAUGCAAAAUUGCGAGCAAAAAAGGAUGGAGAAGAAGUCACUCAAGCUGAAAUGUUUAUUGAAACUCGAAAAAGUCGCAAGGGAAAACAAGUGGAUGGGGAAACCCAAUUUGCUAUUGAUAAACUUCAAGAAUCUAUUGAAAACUCAGUUGAAGCUGGAACACAAGCAUUUCAAUCAUUGUUUGGGAAAGAAAAGCCCGGUAGAGUUAGAAACAAAGAUGAUCCUCAAGAUGAACAAGAUGAUGAUCUUCAAGAUGACGAUAAUCUUCAAUAUAAUCAAGAUGAUGAUGAUCUUCAAUAUGGUCAAGAUGAUGAUGAUCUUCAAUAUGAUCAAGAUGAUAAUGAUCUUCAAUAUGAUAAUUUUCAAGAUGAUGAUUCUCAUGAACCUCAACACAAUGAAUAUGAUAAAGACCGCCAUUGA